CUCUUUGCGGUGCUGUGAUCGCGGCCCGGUCUGGGAUUGAUCCCGAAAUGCGCUGCAGAUGCCAGUUGUGAUCGGUCGGUCACCUAAAUCGGUCGCAAAGACUUAACUCAGUGAUAAUGAUUAGAAUUGUAGGUGCGGUGGUUCUCUUCGUGGGGAUCGCAUCCGCAGCGGAGGUAUUCACGAACGCUCAGUUCCAGUGCGGCAUUCCCAAGAAUGCCAAUACGCUGUUGAUCGUCAACGGUGUGGACGCCAAGAUCAGCGAAUGGCCAUGGCAUGCUGCGGUUCGGCAACACACCGCCCAAGGAAAGCCGGAGUAUGUUUGCGGUGGAUCGCUGGUCAGCGAGAGGUUCGUGGUGACUGCCGCCCACUGUACGAUGGACGCGGAAAAGCCGAACAAGAAGGUUCAACUGUCGGUGCAGUUGGGAGUGAAUGCCGUUGGGUCACCUGAUGGAAAGGUUUUCAACGUACAGAAGAUUCACCGGCAUCCCGGGUUCUCGUUGCAAGAUUUGAAAGACGACAUUGCGUUGCUCGAACUGGAAAGUCCGGUUCCGUUCAGUGAAUCUAUUCUACCGGUUUGCAUGAGUGAAAGGACUAGUCUAGAGCCUGGUAAGAUUGGAGCCGUCGUAGGUUGGGGAUUCACCGAGAACGAUAUUAAAUCUACUACUCUGAAGCUUGCGAAGUUGCCAGUGAUUGAGGAAAUCGAAUGUAAGCGUAAGGAACCGGAAUUGUACGGCAGGGUGUUGACGAAUAAGGUCUUCUGCGCGGGAUACACGAAUGGGACAUCAGCCUGUAAUGGAGAUAGCGGUGGUGGCAUUGUCUUUGAACGAGGUGACGCAUGGUACUUGGGAGGCAUCGUAUCGUUCACCAAAGCCAAAGAAGGCGAAGAGCGAUGUCUUGCAACUACGUACACCGUAUUUACCAAGGUGACAUCAUACUUGGACUGGAUUGAAGGUGUUACAAAUACGGAUUUCAGUAACGAAUAUGGUAUUGAGAAAAUCGUCCCAUGUUCUGUCGCUGGACAGUCGAACGGAAACUGCGUCCCAGUGCAGCAGUGCCGAAACCUCUUCGAUGAACUGAAGUCUCCAUUACUGACCAAGGAAAUCGCCAAAGAACUGAGCACGCGGGUGUGCGAACUUCGAGGAAUACGUCGCAGCAUAUGUUGCGAUCCCAAAGAAGUGGAGCGAAUUCCCAUUCAUCGCAAUGCCAUUCUCCUACCCCGAGAAUGUGGGGUUGCUAAGCGAGCACAACCAACGACGACCGCCGGCAGGGCAGGAGUGCUCGAGUUCCCAUGGAUUGCAAUGGUGCGAUCCAGCAAGGCCACUCCCGACAAUGAUCCGUACUGCACCGGAUCGUUGAUCAACAACCGUUACGUACUGACUUCAGCCGCUUGUGUGAGAUCCAAGGAGCGCAAGGAUCUUGAUUAUGUUCGACUUGGAGAACACACUGUGAAUACCCAAAGAGAUUGUGACACUUUCACAGAUCCAAAAACGCGCCAGUCAGUGCAGGAAUGUGCUCCAGCUCCAGUUGAAGUUAAAGCCGUUUUACCAUUCACAAUCCAUCCGCAGGCCGGAAAACCUUUCCGUGGCAAUGAUUUUGCUUUGGUACGAAUGGUCGACAAGGUUCAAUUUUCUGACAACAUCCAGCCGGUCUGCCUUCCGAUUCGCGAGGACCUCCGAAACCACCUCCCCAACGAUUUCGUCCUCUCGAUGUUCGAGAUCACCAACACCAACAACCAGUACACGCAGGAGCUGUACAAAACGCGAUCGGUCUUCACCGAGCGCGAGGAAUGUGAGGAACGCUUCGAGGACUACGGCUACACGCCGUGGGUGACGGACAAGAUGUUCUGCGCCCUGGCGCAGGGACCCAACUACAUCUGCUCGCCGCACAUUGGGGCGCCACUGGUGGCGAUGGUGCAGCAGGGAUCGGUUAUGCGCGCCGUUCAGUACGGCCUGUCGAUGAUGGGACCGAGCAACUGCACGAUCGCGCAAACCAUUGCAAAGACGUACAUCCGGGUGGCGCUGUACGUGGACUGGAUUCUGGAGAACAUUCAAAAGUAGGAAACGGUAUUUGGGUUGAAGCAAUAAUUAGUAAUAAAAUACGUAAAAAUGCCUAUGAGAUAAUGCUUUCAAAA